AAGCGACUGAAGUGUGUGUGGCUGCAAUGUUUGUGGGUUAGAUGAGAAACAAGCGCUGAGUGAAACAGAGAAGGGGGGUGGCUCGUGUGAUUUGUUUGGUGUGCAGAGCCAAUAGAAAUCCCAGACUGUGAUAAUAUCCCCAUGCAGCGCCGAGAGGAGUCAGAGCAAGUCUCCUGCUCUUUUCCCAUCCGUAGGCAGAGGCCGGCUGGCACCGCGCGGCGCGGGGCGCGCUCUCGCCUCUCCUGCACCCUUGGCUAGCGCGCCUGGCUUAUGGGCGUCUGCUGGGGUCUGGCUGCGUUCGAGCUGAAGGCAGCGGCGGGAGGUCAAACUUAGACCCCGCUGCGGACUGGGUGACUCAAGAGAAGGGAGAGGGAGAGAAAGAAAAAAGGACCCGAGAAGACUUCCAUCACGUCAUUGCAGGAAUUUAUAUUAAGGGAGAAAUUCUAUUUCACGAUCCAUGUGUAAAUCUUCCAUUGAAUGAUGUUCUGGAAGCUUUCCUUAUCCUUGUUCCUGGUGGCUGUGCUGGUCAAGGUGGCAGAAGCACGCAAGAACCGGCCCGCGGGCGCCAUCCCCUCGCCCUACAAGGACGGCAGCAGCAACAACUCGGAGAGAUGGCAGCACCAGAUGAAGGAGGUGCUGGCCUCCAGUCAUGAGGCCCUGGUGGUCACCGAGCGCAAGUACCUCAAGAGUGACUGGUGCAAGACGCAGCCGCUGCGGCAGACGGUGAGCGAGGAGGGCUGCCGCAGCCGCACCAUCCUCAACCGCUUCUGCUACGGCCAGUGCAACUCCUUCUACAUCCCGCGCCACGUGAAGAAGGAGGAGGAGUCCUUCCAGUCGUGUGCCUUCUGCAAGCCGCAGCGCGUCACCUCCGUCCUCGUGGAGCUCGAUUGUCCCGGGCUCGAUCCACCCUUCCGACUCAAAAAAAUCCAGAAGGUGAAGCAGUGCCGAUGCAUGUCGGUGAACCUGAGUGACUCAGACAAGCAGUGAGCGCCCCGACACCGGGCAGGACGCAGGCAGCUCAGCCGCGCGCCCGGGCCGCCACCGCCUCCUCUGUCUCUGUCCUCCCAGUUCACUCUCGCGCUGUCUGGUGUCCCAAGCACAUUUCUGGAGGGGUGCGGGGUAGGGGGUAGGGAUGGGGGAUGGGGCCUGCUGGUGUCCUUGCCACAAACGUGAACUGCCAGUGGAGCUUUGCUGAUGUGUUCCUGACCGACCCCAGUGCCCCACCUCUCCUUCUGCCACUCAAGUUGUGGGUCAAGCAGGAAGGAAGAGGCUGGCAAACGAACCACCCGCUGUGGAGCGGUCAGGACGGAUCUUGCAGGCGAUGUGCUGUGAAUCCGGCAUUGAUGUUUCCACCGUGUGGAAAAGGGAGGACUUUUUGGGCCUCACCGAUGCUCCAGCUAGCCCUUUGCGAGAUGAAGGUUGUUUUACUCUUCGAAACAGCACCCCCAAGCCUCCUACUGGCCCCUUGGACCGUUGGGGAGCCCAGGAGCGGGGCAAAGGACCUUCUUUCUUGGGAUUCAAGGGCUCCCCUUGUCCACUACUGUGAUUUGGGCGUCCAAGUCGAUAAAGAAGGAU